CAUUACUGCCCCCUCCCUCGACGCGGCUGCGCGGUGCGGCGUUGCUGCUGGAAAGUUUGUAUCACUCUUUAUAUUUUGGCGAAGAUAGCACUCAAUCAUGUCGCAUCCCUCGGAAGACGGACUGCUUCGGUGAUUUUACUGGCAACGGAUAAGGAGUGGAGCGGACAUGGCCCUUGCAGUCGCUCUUCACCACCGAGCUGCCGUGCCGUGGGUUUGGGGUCAGUUUGUACCGAAGCCGAAUGGAGUUUCUGCCGUUGGACUCUGAGAACUGGCCUUAUCACCACCAACAAUAACAGCUCCUCAGGAGAGACUGUUGAACACGAUGCUCCCAAUUUAAGCAGAAGACAGUUCUCUUGUCUGGAUUGGAUUUAGCGGUCACCGCCACCACCACCACCAUGUCCGACCAAAACUACUAUUGGACCGUGUUGCCGAGCUACAAAACUAGUUUUGUGACUGGGGCCAUGAUGAAAAGAUCAAAAGGCGCCCGUAACAACAAGAGAAGGAGUUUGGCGGUCGGAACCCCGUCGCCCACACUCUCACGACCCCUUUCACCUCUCCCACUUGCCACAGCUGGCAGCAGCCCUUCAGAAAGCCCCAGAAAUGUCUCUGCCAGUACCUCUGCCAACUUCCAGUUUGCCCGCAGCCAGCUGGCCCGCACUGAAAGAGCGGAUGGACGAAGGUGGUCUGUGGCGUCGGUUCCCUCGUCUGGAUACUGCACCAACGCACCCAGUUCGUCAGUAUCUUCCUCUUCUUCCCAGGAGUUAUUGCACCAGUUGCCCUUCCAGCCCACGCAAGAUGAUCUCCACUUCCUGUUCAAACAUUUCCGGAGCACUGAGAGUGUGGCGGAUGAAGAAGGAGCUCACCCCACACCCCCUGUCAGACUUCGUUCACGCAGUCUGAGCCCUGGACGGACCUGUGGAACAUUUGACAAUGAAAUUAUCAUGAUGAAUCAUGUCUACAAAGAACGCUUUCCUAAGGCGACAGCCCAGAUGGAGGGUCAGCUGCUCGACAUCAUUGCAGAGUGUUCCCCAGGCACUGCUCUGCCCCUGGCUGAUGGUGUGCUGGGAUUCAUUCAGCACCAGCUGGUGGAGCUCGCCAGAGACUGUUUGGACAAGUCCCAGAAAGGCCUGGUCACCUCCAGGUACUUUAUGGAGCUGCAGGAGAAACUGGAGAAGCUUCUGCACGAGGCGUAUGAGCGUUCAGAGAGUGAGGAGGUGACCAUCAUCACCAAACUGGUCAAGAAGAUUCUCAUCAUCAUCUCCAGGCCAGCCAGGCUCCUGGAGUGUUUGGAGUUUGAUCCAGAGGAGUUUUACCAACGUUUGGAAGCUGCAGAGGGUCAAGCGAAGGUGGGCCAUGGCAUUAAGACUGAUAUUCCCAGAUACAUCAUCAGCCAGCUCGGCCUCACCAGGGAUCCCUUGGAAGAGAUGGUCCAUCUGGAGCAGACGAGUCCAAGUCACAGAUCAGCCAGCAGAGACUCUGAUGACACCGGAGAGGCAACACCCACACAGAGCCGAGCAGCCUGCACCCCUCCUCGUAGGAAACCACUGGAGAGCGACUUUGAGACCAUCAAGCUCAUUAGCAAUGGCGCCUAUGGGGCUGUAUUUCUGGUGCGCCACAAGGACACCCGUCAACGUUUUGCCAUGAAGAAGAUCAACCGGCAGAACCUGAUCCUUAGAAACCAAAUUCAGCAGGUGUUUGUGGAGCGAGACAUCCUCACCUUUGCCGAAAACCCAUUUGUAGUUUCCAUGUUCUGCUCUUUUGAGACGCGGAGGCACCUCUGCAUGGUUAUGGAGUAUGUUGAAGGUGGAGAUUGUGCCAACCUGUUGAAAAACAUUGGUCCUCUCCCUGUGGACAUGGCACGAAUGUAUUUUGCAGAGACUGUCCUGGCCUUGGAGUACCUUCACAACUACGGCAUCGUACACAGAGACCUCAAACCUGACAAUUUGUUAAUCACCUCCAUGGGACACAUUAAGCUGACAGACUUUGGGUUGUCAAAGAUUGGUCUAAUGAACAUGACCACCAACUUGUACGAAGGACAUAUUGAAAAGGAUACGAGAGAGUUCAUCGACAAACAGGUGUGUGGGACUCCAGAGUACAUUGCUCCAGAGGUGAUCCUGAGGCAGGGCUACGGGAAGCCAGUCGACUGGUGGGCUAUGGGAAUUAUACUUUAUGAGUUCUUAGUGGGCUGCGUGCCUUUCUUUGGAGACACACCAGAACAGCUCUUUGGUCAGGUAGUCAACGAUGACAUCAUCUGGCCAGACGGGGAAGACGCUUUGCCAGCUGAUGCCCAGGACCUUAUCACCAGACUGCUGAGACAGAGCCCGCUGGAGCGUCUGGGAACAGGUGGAACCACCGAAGUGAAGAUGCACAUGUUCUUCCUGGGUCUGGACUGGAACGGCCUCCUGAGGCAGAAAGCUGAGUUCAUACCUCAGCUAGAGACGGAGGAGGACACCAGUUACUUUGACACGCGAUCGGAGCGCUACUGUCACCUGGGUUCGGAUGAUGAUGAUGAAACCAACGAUGAUGAAUCAUCUCUGGAGCUUCGACAGUUCUCCUCUGUGGCCCACCGCUUCAGCAAGGUGUACAGCAGCACAGAGCACCUGUCCACCUCCACGCCGUCCAACCAGAGCCUGUCCUCAUCCGAGCGAAGCCACAGUGAGGAGAAGGAAGAGCGAUGGGAGGGCAGGGGAGUCCUCUCCCCCGGAGAUGGAUGCAAACAUUUGGCUGCUGGAGACAGGAGGGCAGAUGGACACAGAGGGAGUCUGCGUCCUCGUGCUUCAUCCAGCUCCUCCCAGUCAGAGCGCAGCACCAGCCCACUCGUGAUGAACAGCACGCAGAGCCUUGACAUCAUGCCUCGCUUUGCCAUCUCGGCCGAGGAGGAAGUAGACGGGAUGGUUUCCAACCUGCGGCGCAUUCGCUUACGAAGCAACAGCACAGGUACCAGACCAUCUUUCCGAAGAGGGGCGUCUCGGCGCAUUGCCCACCAGCUGGAGACCCCAGAGAAACCAAGAUCUCCAGCUGGCAAAGUCCCCAAGUCUGCCUCUGUCUCUGGCCUGUCACUCAUCAUUACCCCAGAUGACUCUGCAGGACCUCCUACAAGCCCCAAAUCGUCCUUGUCCCUGUCAUCCAACCCCUCGUCCAGAGACUCAUCCCCCAGCCGGGAUCUCUCUGUCAGCAUCAGCUGCCUCAGGCCUCCUGUGGUCAUCCACAGCUCUGGGAAGAGGUUUGGCUUUGCGCUGCGAGCUAUCAGAGUCUACAUGGGAGACAGUGACAUCUACACUGUUCACCACAUGGUCUGGUGUGUUGAGGAAGGCAGUCCAGCACACGAGGCAGGAUUGAGGGCUGGUGACCUCAUCACUCAUGUCAAUGGGGAGUCGGUCCAGGGACUCGUCCACACUGAGGUUGUGGAGCUCCUGCUGAAGAGUGGCAACAGGGUGACCCUGCAGACGACUGCACUGGAGAACACUUCUAUCAAGGUGGGUCCUGCCAGAAAGGUGAGCUACAAGGCCAAGAUGGCCCGGCGCAGCAAGAAGAGCAAGAGGAAAGACGGACAGGACAGCAGACGACGUAGCAUCUUGAAGAAGCUUUCAAAGCAUACCCCUCCUCCGCCCAUGCAGAGCAGCCGCAGCUUCUCUUCAGGUUUCCACCAGUCAUCCAGCGACAGCCUUUCUGGCUCGCCCACGCAAAGUCUCUCUCCUGGGCCUUCCACGCCUUGUCGCUCACCUGCUCCUGACCACUCUGGAGAUUCAAGUUCCUCACCUUGCUCCAGCUCCCCCAACUCGCCUGUACCACAGGCCCGUCCCAGUUCUCUGCAUGUCUUGGGUCGUUACACCAAAGCUGGCCGCUGCAAGUCCACAAGCAGUAUCCCUCCUUCACCCCUGGCCUGCAUCCCUCCUCCACAGCCCCUCUCUCCCCAGUGCUCUCCAUCUUGCCUCCCCAGUCACCCAAAGUCCCUACAGGGUUUCCAUGGCAAGACAUUGUCGCCUCCCACUAUUGCUCGCCACUCAGUACGUCCCCGCAGUGCAGAGCCGCCACGGUCACCGCUCCUCAAGAGAGUUCAGUCGGCAGAGAAGCUGACUGGAGGAGACAAGACGACAGGGGGGUAUCAUGGAGAUAGGAAGGCCUACAGCACCCGCCGCCACACCAUGGAGGUGCCUCUGUCUGAAGGGGAAGGGCUGGAGGACAUGGAGGGGGACACUGCCACAGGGUUCGUCUGUGUCGGUGAGCACGGCCGUCAGGGGCUGUACAUAGGAGGACAGAGAAGCCACCAGGACACCUCCAGUGGAGGCAGUGAACACCACCGCUCUACCGCCUUGCCACAACACCGCGGCAGCAACCACCACUCCAAAGAGGUGGUGGUGAUGAGGAAGCUGGCUCUGUCAGAGCGAAGGGACUCCUUCAAGAAACAGGAGGCCGUGCAGGAAGUGAGCUUUGAUGAUUUGGAGGAGAGAGAAACGACACCAAGCCCAACACUUCCUGUCAUGCAGCCGAAGGCAUUCAAGGCGUCCUGGAUCAACUCGGCGCAGUCAGAAUCCAUUGUGAAGCUGGAAGGAAGAGGAUCACAGGGUGCAACAACACAGCAGAAAGCCAAGUCAAAAGACUAAGCAGGGUUUUAGUUUUGUCACAAUGCCAGGGAUAAUAGGUCAAAGAGAGUCUCACUCAGGAGGAGACUGAAAAGUGAAGUAUUUGACCUACUACUGUAUUUUCAUGUGAAGGCUUUGCAUGUGUGUCCAGAAAACUGUGACAAAGUCCCAAAUCAUCACAAGCAACUUCUUGAAGACAGAAAAGCAAAUUAACAUCAAUAUUUCUCAGUAAUAUAUGCAUCCUGCAAUACUGUUAACAGAACAAUGACUGCCAAACUAUGUUUACUUCCCAAUUGCUUGUUUUCUCUCUUGGUUCUCAAAUCACUGUGGCACCUGUAACUGAUGUAUUUUGUAAAUAUUUUUAAUUUUUGUUCUAAAUGAAGAAACUUAUUUAUGACUUUUUAUGCUCCUCUUGUUUUUUUUGGUUGCUAAAAAUGCCUUGGAUGCUUCAGCUGUUCUUGGGUCAGAAAAUGCACAAAAGCCACGCAACGACUCAUUCGUUCUGAUUUACAGAAGGUGCAAGAAAAGGGCAGGUAACAGCAGUCAAUAUCGUACCGUUUGUUUUAUACCUCAAAGCCUGUCUGGAAGUGGAUGUUCAGCUUGGGUUUUUGGUACAAACAUACAGUGUUUGUCCUGCAACACAUGAUGUAUUAUACUGUUGCAGAAGAUAUUCUGCGCUCCAAACAAACGUAUCAUACACAACCAGGACUGGCUAAAAAACAUUGAACAUUGUUAAAAAAACAAAAAGAUCAACAUCUCAAUAUUUAGAAGCCUAGCUGUGGUGCCAAAGCAUGGUUUAGCCAUAGGAACAAUUUUAAAAAGAGGUACUGUAUUGUACAUAAGAAGCUUCAUGUAUGCAUGGGCUCUACUUCCACUUGCUGUCUGUCUUAAAGUGUGUCAGUGCUGACACUCCUCUAGCGGUGGUUUAAAUCAUGACUUCAUCAACAUACUGGUGUCAAGAUAAAGCUGUUGUCUCUGUCCAUUUUAAUACCUUGUUGAAUCAAGCCUCCGUCCAGCUCCUUACAAACCUAGUCUAGCUUGAAGUAUUUGCACAAGUUGUAGUAGCCGUGUAACAGUUAAAACACAUUUAUAUUUCAGGAUGAUUUCCUUCUCUGUGGAAUUCAAAAAUUGUACAGUGGAUGCAACAAACAAAACUGGCUCCCUUGGCUGUUUUUUUUUUUUUUUUAAAUGUGUGUGUUAUGAAUGAAUGUUUACAUUUUAGUGCAAAUAUGUGUGUGGACGUAUCAUGGUUUUAUUAAAUUAUUCUGAAAAAGUGAAUGGUGGGGAAUUUAGCCAGAGGCCCUGAGAUGAAGGAAUGGGUAGAGGUGAUUUCUUUUUGUACCUUUUGAUAUGGAAAUAGUCUUGUUGCAGUACUAAUGACCUACGCUGUUGGUGUAUAUUCUGUAAACAAUGGUGGACCUUAUAACAGCAGUUGGUGUUGUUUUUUGAAAGUGACCUUGUAAGGAUUGAUGGACUCAUUGUGUAAUAUCGCUUAUGUGGCAGGGUCUCAAUCUCAUGUUGCGAUCAGCCUCAAAGGAUUGUGCAUGCCUCACAACCCAGUAUAAUAUUCCCAAAAUCUUACAACAUAUUAACGUUUUUAAGCUCUUGGAAGUUCUUAAUCUCAUUGAAAAGACCCUGAAUUCUUAAAUUUGAUGUUCAGUCACCGAUUUGAGCUUUACAGUGAGAGUUUCAUUAAGAGAUAUAAACAUAUGGGAUUUGGUUGUCAGUUACGUAUUUUUAAUUUUUAUUUUUGUGUCCUUGUUUCUUUGUUUUCAUUCAGGACCUUUGGAUGAGCAGCCAACCAUACUUCCAGUCUUAUUUCACAUUAAUUUGUUACAGGAAGGAAAUGUUGUGGCUGUGUUCUUAGUUUUGUGAAUGCACAAUCUGCAGAGUUGAGGCAACCGUUCAUGUGGGAAUUUGUAAUGGAAGUUUAGCUCAUACUAAUCCUUGAACACUGGUUGUAGAUUGUGGAGGCUCAAGUUUGAGGUUUGUAAGUCUUUGGUUGAAUAUCACUGAAUAUCUGAUGCAAUAUACAUCUUGGUAUGUUCUUAGGAUCUGAUCUUUUUCUUUUGUACCCCUACCAAACCAUCAUGGUAUCUAUUUUUGUUUUUUUGUUUUUUUUAAACCAAGAGUUUGUUUUGUGGUUGACAUCACACUCCAAAAUGAAACAUCACAACAGCUCUUCUUAUCUCUGUUUUUGCUGAUGUUUGUGUGUGUUAAACUUCACAUGGGUGCUCAACUGUCAUAUUUUAGCUUUUCCACCCUUGUUUUAGCGUGUUUAUAUGUUAAAGCUGUUGCUCCCUAUUGGACACCUUAUUCCCAAAUGACAAACUGGCCUUUGUGAAAAUCCUAUCAUGUGGGUGUCUGAUGAAGACGGGUGUAACGUUGUCCGUUUUUUAUUGUCUUUACAGUGCUUGAAAUAAAUGAACUGCAAAGAGACCACAA